UCGCAGUAAAUAGAGCAAAAUUAUUUUUAACUUUCAAUUCAGUUUGUGAAAAAUUGAUUUGUGUUUUUCCCACUUCUGCCGUUGCAUUUAUCGUUCAUAAAUUAACACCAAUUUGUUGAGUUUUAGAACAUGCACCAAUAGUUGAUAAUGAGAUCUCACAGAAUACUUUUUUCAUCCAUAAUACUUUUCUGUAUAACUACUAUUAAAGGAAAUUUUUUAACCUACGAAAAUGCCCGUCGAGCUGUCAUUCAAGCAGAAGAUUUAUUGACCACUGGUGGUCGUAUUCAAUUAAAUGAUAAAGAAAUUAAAGUGAAUGAAUUGUUUAUGAAGUAUAAAUUAGAAGAGCUGGCUAAAGGAUAUCGUAAUCCUGAUGUUAAUGCAGCAGGCCUGCAUUUCUUCAAAGCCAAACCAUUAAUUGAACACAGUAAGGUAUUUCAAUUUUUACGUCGUAUGCCCAAAGGUGCUACUUUGCACAUGCAUAAUUCUGCAUCUGUCUCGUCAGAGUGGGUCGUGCGCAAUAUAUCAUAUAUGCCUGGUCUGUUACGAUGCACGAAUAAGGAUGGUGUUAGUGUGUUAUCGUUUCGACGCUCUUUGGAUCUUGGCUGUGAGACUCAAUCUGUGUAUGUUGCAGAAGAGCGUUUACGUUCCAUAAGCCCAAUGGCAUACGAUCGCAAUUUGGAAAAAUUAAUCAAUUUAUAUACACCCGUGCCAGAGAUUGAAUAUCCGACAAUUGGAAAAGUUUGGACCAAAUUUCAAAAUAUGUUCACAACCCUGAAUGAUGUGCUGAGAUAUUUGCCAGCUUAUCGUGCCUACCAUUGGCAGAUGCUUGAAGAACUGUAUAAUGACAAUAUUAUGUAUGCAGAAAUACGCAUGGACUUUAAAGAAUUAUAUGACUACAGUGGUCGCACAUUUGCACCAGAACGCGGUGUAAAGGAGUUGCUUAAUGUCAUAGAACAGUUUCGUUAUCAACAUCCAAGAUUUCUUGGUAUUAAAAUUAUAUACUCAACAAAUAGGAACGUAGAUCGCAAUAGAAUGCGGGAACAAUUUGAUAAAUUUAAGCAGCUUCAUUCAGCUUAUUCAAACUUCAUAGUUGGUUUUGAUUUAGUGGGUCAGGAGGAUAAGGGAAAACCAUUAUAUACAUUUGUUCAGUCACUAACUAAUUUACCACCUACUGCGCGUUAUUUCUUUCAUGCUGGAGAGACAAAUUGGUAUGGUGCUUCUACAGAUUUUAAUUUGCUCGACGCUAUACUAAUGAAUACUACACGCAUUGGACAUGGGUAUGCACUCAUGAAACAUCCAGUACUUUGGAAUUCGGUUAAGACCCGUGAUAUUGCGAUCGAAGUAAGCCCAAUUUCCAAUCAAGUUUUGCAUUUAGUUUGGGAUUUGCGAAAUCAUCCUGGUGGCUUCUUUAUGUCACAAAAUAUACCUAUGGUUGUUUGUAAUGAUGAUCCCGGUUUUUGGAGUACAAAAGGUCUUAGCUAUGAUUUUUAUUACGCUAUUAUGAGUUUAGCACCAAAUAAUUCUGGUCUAAAAACACUUAAAAAUCUUGUUUGGAAUUCGAUACGUUAUUCGGUUUUGAAUACGUUUGAACGUAAAGCUGCUUUUGCGAAUUUGGAACGCGACUGGAACAAUUUUUUGGAAGAUGUUUUGAAAGGACUUGUAUUUUGAGUGUUUACAAUAUGGAAAUCAAUUAUAUUAAUUUUGUACCAAAGACAACAG